GAACCGGAGAGCGUGGAAGAAAGGGCGCAGGAUGACCAGACCGCCGCCGCCCGCUGCGCUGGGACCGCUUCUCCUGCUGUGGCUGCUGCCGGCCUCGCUGCCCGUGCCGGGGGUCGAGGCUAGCAGGUCGAGGCCCCCGCUGCGCUGUCCCGCGGCCUGCGAGCCCACGCGCUGCCCCCCGCUGCCCGCCUGCUCCGCGGGGUCGUCGCCGGUGCUCGACGGCUGCCGCUGCUGCCGCGUGUGCGCGGCGGCCGAGGGCGAGGCGUGCGGCGGGGCCGCGGUCCGGCCGUGCGCUCCGGGGCUGCGGUGCGGCGCGCGGCCCGGGGCCCGGCGUCUCCGCGGCGCCCGGGGGGGCACGUGCGGCUGCCCGGCGGCGGGGGCGGCGGUGUGCGGCAGCGACGGGCGCACCUACCCCAGCCUGUGCGAGCUGCGCGCCCAGAACCGCGCGGCGCGUCUCCGGGGCGCGCUCCCGGCCGUGCCGGUGCUGAAGGGCGACUGCGCGGGGCGAGAGGCCUGGAGUGUCGGCCGGCUCCGGAGCCAGUACAACUUCCUCGCGGCGGUGGUGGAGAAGGUGGCGCCCUCCGUGGUGCACCUGCAGCUGUUCCGCAGGUCACCUCUUAGCAGCAAGGAUAUGCCUGCAUCCAGCGGCUCUGGGUUCAUAGUGUCUGAGGAUGGGCUCAUUGUUACCAACGCCCACGUAAUCACCAACCAGCAGCGGAUCCAGGUGGAGCUCCAGAGUGGGGUCCAGUAUGAAGCCACUAUCAAGGACAUUGACCAUAAAUUGGAUCUUGCGCUGAUUAAGAUUGAGCCAAAUGGUGACCUUCCUGUAUUGCUGCUGGGAAGGUCAUCCGACCUGCAGGCUGGAGAGUUCGUGGUGGCCUUGGGCAGUCCAUUUUCUCUGCAGAACACAGUGACUGCAGGAAUUGUCAGCACUACACAGCGAGGGGGCAGAGAGCUGGGGCUGAAGGAUUCAGACAUGGACUAUAUCCAGACUGAUGCCAUAAUUAAUCACGGCAAUUCUGGGGGCCCCCUGGUGAACUUGGAUGGUGACGUAAUUGGCAUAAAUACACUGAAGGUGACAGCGGGAAUCUCCUUCGCCAUUCCCUCCGAUCGAAUUCGACAGUUUCUGGCAGAAUUCCACGAGCGGCAGUUGAAAGGAAAGGCUCUUUCACAGAAGAAGUAUCUCGGUCUGCGGAUGCUGCCUCUCACUAUGAACCUUCUUCAAGAGAUGAAAAGGCAAGAUCCAGAUUUUCCUGAUGUGAGUUCUGGGGUUUUUGUGUAUGAGGUGAUUCAAGGAACGGCUGCUGAAAGCUCUGGGUUGAGAGACCACGAUGUAAUUGUCAGCAUAAAUGGGCAACCUGUUACCACCACAACUGAUGUUAUUGAAGCUGUGAAGGACAGUGAUUCCCUUUCCAUUAUGGUUCUUCGAGGAAGUCAAACUUUGAUCCUGACAGUCACACCUGAAAUAAUCAAUUAAUUAUCUUGCUUUAAAGAGAAAUCAUCUAACAAAAUCAAAACUAUAUUACCUGGUUUGUAUUGAAGAUGUGCCAAAGAUGGCAAGUUUUAGGGUCUCUUAAGAGAAAUGAAUGUUUUAAAAUACACAUGCACGCACACACACACACAGGGACUGUUAGAUUGGGGUGCUCUACUGUUGCUAAGAAGCCUCACUAAAGCAAGUGAAGGACAUGGUGCCAGGAAGUCUGGAAAGCUGAUAACAUUUUACUUAAACACAGGAAACAACUGAAAAACAGUCAGUUUCUAUUUUAACCUUGACAGGACACUUGUGGAUUUUAAAAUUUCUCUAUAGUCACAAACUGGGUGUAACACCAACGUACACACCCACAUACACACAUGCGCACGAGUGAACAGACCUACUGAAUAUGAAGAGACAACCUGAAUCCAGAGUGCAAAGGAAAUAGAAUUUUUAAUAAUACUACCUUUCUCAAUCAGUUUUUCAGGUGGUACCACAUUUGGCCAGGGUUUGUAGGUACAGAGGAUGAGCAUCAUUUCUUUUCUUUUUUUUUGAUGAGCAUCAUUUCUAAGUCAAAUUCAAAUUGACUACUGUGGACUGUCACUGAGGAAUACUAGAUUCUAAUGAUCACCCUGCCUGUGGUCUCAGAGCUUUCUGUGAGAGGGCUUCUUUUAUAGGACAAAUCCUUCAAUAACUUCUAGACUUUGACCUUUUUACUCAUCCUUAUCCUCCUGGCAACAUUAGUGAUUUUGAAUCUGAAAGCUGCCAAAGUGUUGGUGUUUUUAAAGAAAAUUGUUUUUGAUGGGGCUUGUGAAUAUCCUGAAGGAGAUUUUUUUUCCCAAGUGUGGGAUGAACCAGGAUUUGUGGCUUAGUGUAGUACCUUAUUUUUGGUAAGAUUUUAAUUUGUUUUCCAGAUUUCUCUUACAAGUUAGGUUUUUUUUUUUUUUUUAAUAUGGCAUCUCCUUAAAUUCUAUGCAAAAUUUUAAGUGCAUUUUUUUUUUUUUUCCUGGGGAUGAGAUCCAGUUUCUUGACGACCUACAACAAUUUUAAUUAUUACUGUUACAAACAAGGUUAUGGUCAAUGUAGUACAGAAUUCUCAAGGCAGAAUAAUGUUUUAAUUUUUACACAAUUGCCAACCAUUUGAUAAUAUAAACACAGUGAUCCUAUUAAUCAGGGAUGAUAAAGUUGAAACAUUUAGAAAAGCUGCUUCAUAAGGAUAGAACGUAUCUGGUGUUAUUUUAACCGAUUCUUGGUCCUUAAGUAAUCUAUUAUGAUUGGUUUUAGGAUUUAUCCUGAAUAUCGGGCUUUUAGUUUUACUUGUCUGAAAGUCCUCCUUUUACUUCAUAUUUAAAAGUUCUUUUCAACUUAAAUUGCAAAGGAUGGGAACUAAGUUUUUAAACCACUUAUAAUUAAGGAUAUUUCCUUUUAUUCCCAGUGACUUGGGAAUGCAAAAGCUUGGCUGUCUCUUUUUCGCAACUGCUGACUACUGUUGCCCACAGUGAGAGCUUCCAGUACCAUGCUUAUUUUGAUGGAAUGUGUUAUGUUUGCCCCCAUAAAUUACAUCUUAACUCUACCCAUUGCUCAGUAAUUCUGUCCUUUAAGUAAGAAUCUUUUUUUUUCCCCCAAAGCUAUGAGGCUUUUCACCUUAUCUUACAUAAUUGUGGAGAAUUUUAGUUUGUUUUACAGUUAGUUGUAGGAGAUCUUUCUUACCAGCCUAUAACAUAGACUCUCUAAACUAGUAGAUAACUAAUUUUCAGAUAGGAUAGCCAAGAGGAUAGCUAAACCCAGACAUAUCUGAUUAUUGUUGGGCUUUCAAAAUAUAAUUGAAAUGAAAUUAUUGCACGGUAUAUACUGCCUCUGGAGCAUAAUGAUGUAACAAUAGGGUUUAUUAAUAGAGUGGCUCAUUUCAAAUGCCCAGCUUUUGGCAAAACAAACAAUUUUGAGUCUCAUUCUACCUACUGAAAAUACCAAACAGCACUCCAGGUUGGGAGAAUUUAUUCUGCAACUUGAAUUCAGAAAGUCAGAAUUUCAAUGUGUAUUAAAAUCCAUGGCCAUUUUA